AUGGGCUCGUUGAUGCCUGGGGCAUUUCCUAUAGAGCUGCUGAGUGCGGCUCGAUCUACUUCAAUAGAAUCGUCCAGCAAUAAAUGGAACACCCUACAUAUCGAGGAAGACCAGCUAACCGCCUUCAAGAAGUCCGAGUACCUAGUAUCCAAAGCUCGAGGCCAGCGGCAUAUGCUACGCCAUUUAGAGAAAACAGUGGUUGUACUUUCGGGAUUGCAGUUGAUCAAGUACUGCCAUCUAGCUUGUAUAUGGCCAUUCAUCAUAGAUUCAGUGGUUCAAGUGAUAAUAUCUGUCAAGGCCAUUACAGAACCUGACAACUGGUCCACUUUGGAGACGAUAGACCAAGGAAUCAAAAAGAGAGAACAGGAAACGGGUGAUCCUAGUACGACUUUCAGGAGCAACCUUACGAAGUUUGUCUUAGCCCUCAUCUACGGCAAGUUUAUCCUGAACGUGUUCUAUCAUGUGCUCUUUUUCUUCUGGUUGAAACUGGUGGCCGAUGGCAAAGAGCUUGAAUACAUCACGAAUGGCUCCUGGUGGCUUGUUUCCUUCAUUGGUGAAUCUGUACCUGAGUACGAUCCAUCCUCCAACAUAUGGCUCCGGCUCUGGCAGCUAGGCCUCUUCCAACUCAUAUUGAUCGACUUCAUCAUACUUAUCCUACAGCUCACGCUCUACCAAUGCAUCUUCAAGCAGUCUACCAAGUCACUCGAAGGCCUUCCUCUAGGCAUUACCGAGCUGGAAACAGUGAGACCAUUCAAUAUGAGGGUCAGUGGCGAAAGCCUUAGAAAAUUGCCAGAACAAAUUACUCCCAACAUUCUAAAUAUCCGUUUGCAUGACUGCUUCAAUCCUCAGUCUUACCUAGGAUUUGUGGUUCAAUAG